CAAGAGAAGAGAAAUAAAAGAAAAAUUCAUUCAGUUAAAAUAACAAAGAUUAAUAUUUUCAGUUUGUCGCAUGUAACGAUUCACCCAGUGCAAUCCAAAGAAGAAUUACUUAGCGAGAUGUUUUUAUACAAUCCAGAUGGCGUAGAAGCAGAGCGUUUUCCUAGCAUCGUGCAUUUCACCAAUUUAAUAAAACAAAAGAAUACUCACCCGUCAUUAUAUCUUUCAGUUGUCGUCCCAGCUAUGAAUGAAGAAGAACGACUUCCGGCUAUGUUGGACGAAUGCCUUCCGUAUUUGAGACAUCGCUCAGAAAUUGACGCUUGUUUCACUUUUGAAGUUAUAGUUGUUGAUGAUGGUAGUCAAGAUCGUACAGCGGACAUCGCAUACAAAUAUUCGCUAAAAUAUGGAAAUAAUGUUGUACGAGUUUUGAAACUGAAAAAAAAUCUUGGGAAAGGUGGUGCAGUGCGUUCUGGAGUUUUGCGAAGUCGUGGAUCCAUGAUUCUGUUCGUUGAUGCAGAUGGUGCUACUCGUUUUUCCGAUUUUGAACGGUUAGAAGAAGAGCUUCUGCGAACGAAAUUUAAUUGGUCAUUUCCUGCAGUUGCCAUUGGAUCUCGUGCUUAUAUGGAGAAGGAGAGCAUGGUUAUGCGUUCUUUUUUUCGUGCAGUUUUGAUGGUAGGUUUUCAUUUGAUGGUUUACAUUUUUGCAGUGAAGAGCGUCCACGAUACACAAUGCGGAUUCAAGCUUUUUACUCGUGCUGCGGCAGCAAAAUUGUUUGUGGUCAUGCAUAUUGAACGAUGGGCUUUUGAUGUCGAAUUAUUAUAUUUGGCAGAACAUUUCCAUUUUCCUAUUCGAGAAGUCGCAGUACAAUGGCAUGAAGUGGAUGGAUCAAAAAUUAUACCAAUAUAUUCUUGGUUACAAAUGGGCCGUGAUGUGGUCCUUAUUUGGUUUCGCUACUUUUUUGGUAUAUGGAGUUAUGAUAAGAUGGAAUAA